AUGCGGCUUCGAGCAUGGCUUCUCAUACAAACUCCAUAAUAACGCCCGCAAUAUUUCCCUAAUUUCUCUGUAUACUCUCUCAAAAUUUCAAACUGCUCUUGACUCGUUUCCGGCCGUUUUCCCUCCAUUUAUACAGUUAAUUUUGAUAAUCAUGGCAGCGAUGUCGUGAUUGAGAUCCUUUGUUGCUUCUUCUGAGGGGGUAGCCGGGGCUCAUCUGGCCUCGGCGGAUUCUAAAGCCCCCAUUUUUCUCUAUAAUGCGGUAUUUUUGUUGUUGAAUUCUAUUUCUACAGGAGAAGAGAAGAGAUCGAUGGUGGAGGAUAAUCAUAAUGCUGAUCCCUACGUUCUUCCCGCCGCCGCUGCAUGGUCCCCGGCGCACUCGGCGAUGCUGUACCGUGUGGACCGGUGGGGCGCCCCUUACUUCGCCGUGAACGCCGCCGGAAACAUCUCCGUCCGCCCAAGUGGAGACGAUACAUUGCCCCACCACGAAAUCGAUCUUCUCAAGGUCGUGAGCAUGGCCGCCGCCCCGAAAUCUUCGGGCGGCCUCGGGCUUGAGCUCCCUCUGGUUGUUCGAUUCCCCAAGCUGCUUCAAAAUCGAGUGGAGGCGCUUCAAUCCGCAUUCGGUUUGGCGAUGGAAUCGCACGGGUACGACGCCCAUUAUCAGGGCGUUUACCCUGUGAAAAGCAAUCACGACAAGUAUGUGGUGGAGGACAUCGUUCAAUUCGGGUCGGGCUUCCGCUUCGGCCUCGAAUCCGGAUCCAAACCUGAGCUUCUGUUGGCGAUGAGCUGCCUCUGCAACGGAAGCCCCGAUGCGCUCCUGGUUUGCAACGGAUUCAAGGAUGCAGACUACAUUUCUCUUGCUCUCGUCGCUCGAAAACUGCACUUGAAUUCUGUUAUUGUGCUUGAGCAAGAGCAAGAGCUCGACCUCGUCAUCCACAUCGCCCGGAAAGUACUCGUCCGCCCCGUGAUCGGGCUGCGGGCCAAGCUGAGGACGAAACACGCCGGCCAUUUCGGCUCCACCUCCGGCGAGAAUGGGAAAUUCGGCCUCACAACUGCACAGAUUCUCCGAGUUGUGAAGAAAUUAGGUGAAUGCGAAAUGCUCGAUUGCCUGCAGUUGCUGCAUUUCCACGUCGGUUCCCAAAUCCCUUCGACUUCGCUACUGGCUGAUUGCGUCGCCGAAGCUGCGCAGAUCUACUGCGAGUUAGUCCGCCAUGGCGCUUGUAUGAAGGUCAUCGACGUCGGCGGAGGCCUCGGUAUCGAUUACGACGGCUCCAAGUCGGAAGAUUCUGGCAUGUCUAUUGGCUACAGCCUUGAAGAUUAUGCCUCGACCGUCGUCCAAACUGUGGGUAUUGUGUGCGACGGCAAGGCCGUGAAGCAUCCGGUGAUCUGCAGCGAGAGCGGCCGCGCCAUCGUUUCACACCACUCCAUUCUAGUGUUCGAAGCUGUUUCAACAAGCAAACAUGGUGAUGAUCCGCAGCAGAUUGUUUCUCCUUGUCUCGUUGUGGAGGGGUUGAGCGACGAAGCUCGCGCUGUUUACCGGAGCCUAUAUGCGGCCGCCAUGAGCAAUGAGUACGAGAGGUGCGUGGUUUAUGGGGAGCAGCUCAAGGAGAUAUGCGUGGAGCAGUUCAAGCAAGGGUGUUUGGAGAUGGAGCAUCUCGCCGCCGUUGAUGGCCUCUGCGAGUUUAUCAGCAACGCCGCUGGUGUUUCUGAUCCUGUGCUCACUUACCACGUCAAUCUCUCCGUUUUCACUUCAAUUCCUGAUUUCUGGGGCAUCGGCCAGCUCUUCCCGAUCCUUCCCAUCCACAGGCUGGACGAGCGGCCGGCGCUGAGGGGAUUUCUGUCGGACUUGACCUGCGACAGCGACGGCAAGAUCGACAAGUUCAUAGGCGGGGAGUCGAGCUUGCCUCUGCACAAACUGGAAGGCGGUGGCGGCUACUAUCUGGGGAUGUUUCUUGGCGGGGCUUAUGAGGAGGCGCUGGGAGGAGUUCACAACCUGUUUGGUGGGCCGAGCGUGGUGCGCGUGGGGCAGAGCGGCGGCGGUUCUGGCUUUGCGGUGAAGAGCGCGGUGCCCGGGCCGUCGUGCGGGGAUGUGCUCCGGGGGAUGCAGCAUCGGCCGGAGCUCAUGUUCCAGACGUUGAGGCACCGUGUGGAGGAGUUUGUUGGUGAUUGUGAGGCGCUCGUCGACGCUCUUGCUUGCUGUUUCGGUAGCAUGCCUUAUCUGGCCGCGGCCUCCUCUUGCAGGCUCACAGCUGCCGUCGCCGCCGCCGACGUAGCUGAGGAGUAGCAGUUGCGCUACGGUUAUUAAAUAAAUAAGCCACGUUGCUUCUGUUAAAUUAUGGUUGGUUGGUGACUCACCUUAUAUUACAAAAUGGCGUAUUGCUACACCACUUAGAUUCGAUUCGAUUGCCUGAGAAAGGGACAGCAACGCCAACAUGGUAUAUAUAUAACAUUUUUAGUAGUUCUACUGUGUUUUUUUUUUUUUGAAGACAAAGUAGUUCUACUGUGUUAA